AAACACAAAAAAUUGUUGCACCGUAACCACAGAGCCGCCAUUAAAUCUCCCACUUGGGAGCGCGAAUGCCUGAUGAUUCAGCCUGGUAUAUAGGAGCCUUAGCUAAGGAUGCAUCAAUCCAUACUCCAAAGUUUAGAUGUAACAUGUUGAUUUUCCCAAAGAUAUUCUAGUGUUUACCGAUAUCGUCGAACAGUCGUGUUGAUGAUGUAAAUAAACAUGAAGCUUUUCCAUCAGUUUCUAGACCAAAUAAGAAAGAAAACUUGGAAGACUAAUUUACUGAACCAUUUCAUGUUUGCAUGUCGGAGUCAUAGAUAUGCGUAGGAAUUUGUAAACGAUAUUUAGUUAAUCUGCUUGACUGUCAUAUUAGCCCUAAUGGAUUUGGAGAUGGAAAAUGAUAAAGGAGGGCUAGAGGCUAAGGAAACUACCCCAUCUUGCACCACUGAACCAAUAAAUACUGACCCUCCUGUGCCUGAAUGUAUUGAAGCGAUAAAUGUAGAUCCUUCUCUGCAUGAAAUAAUUGAACCAAUAAAAGUAAAAGAUCCUCCUGAGUAUGAACAUGUGUAUAAGAGGGCUCCUGUAUCAUUGCAUCAGAUAUUUCAAGAACUGAGCAGAGAUUCAGAUACUUUUGAUGCAGAAGCAGCUGAUGUACUUAUGGAAAUGGCAGAUGAUUUCGUUCAAGCCGUUCUUGAGAAAACUUUCAGGUUGGUUGACAAUAAGUCAACAAAAGUUUUACGAUGCUCAGAUUUAAUGAUGAUCUUAAGAAGCUACUGCGACAUUGACUUAAACCAUUUUGCUGGAACCAUUAGUAGCCUAGGUAGAUAUUCAUAUGAUAAACAUCUUAGUACUAUGCCCAGAGAAAAAACUGAAAAAAGGCCCCAUAGUCUAGAACAGUUAGACUGUGCUUCCAACAAAUUAACAAAAAAAGAUUCACUGAAUGAAUUCAAAUCUGUUUCUGUUGGUCAUACAAAAAACAGAAAGCGUAAUUUAUUUUCUGUUUCAGACAGUAUUCAGACAAAGAAACCUGAGUCAACCAAGAAAAAAUUGCAUAAAAUCACUGGCAAAAAAGUUAAUGUAAAGCAAGGUUCUGUUCCUUCAAAAAGGGAUAAAAGUGCAGAUUUAAUAUCCAGUUCAUCUUCAGUAUCAAAUUUUGAAAAAAAGAGAAAGUGCAUUGAUUCAGUAUCCUCCAAAUCAAGAACAUCCAGUGAAACAUAUCUGAAACCAGUUUCUGAAUAUGAAACAAUAUUAAAAAUUGAUGAUGAAAAAAAUUUCUUAAAACCAACAAUUGUGCCAUCUUUGUCUUCCAAGCAUAUGAGAAACUUGUCUAUGUCUUCAUUUUCCCCACAUUCACAGGAGAAAUGUUUUUCAAAAAAAUCUGCCAGUGCAAAGCAUGUGCAUAAGAAAUCUGCUUCCCAUGUAUCUAAUUCAUCAUCCCAUAAAAUUUCUUCAAAACAUGAAACAUCACUGCCUGUUUCCAAAUGCAAGGACAAAGAAAGGGUUUCAUCAGAUUCUAAGAAUAUGCGCAGAAAAACGAAUACUAAACUUAAAAGAAAGUCUCAUAAAAGUUCUGUUUUGAAAAAACAAUGUGCUACCCAUUCUAAGACAUCAGAAAACGAUUUGAAAAAAAAGAAAAGUACAUAUGUAGCUUCCAAAAGUAAGCUUGCUUAUGAUAGCCCUAAACAAAAAGAGAAUUCUAGAGCAGGAAGCCAAAAAAGUAGCAUUAAUUAUCAAUUUAAUACAGUUCGCAGUUUGUUGUCAAAAGAAUCAGGUAAUAUAGUUAGUAAAGAGGAAGAAACUGCUGCAAUCAUAUCUAAAUUAAAUUAUAUUACAGAAUUUUAUGCUAAUAAGUCUAGUGUUGAAAAUAGGCGUGUCACAGGGCAUCCUGUAUGUAGUAUGUCACUUCCAUGUAAAAAGUUGUUCCCUCCAAAACAAAAUACUUCUGUGGUUGGUUAUGUUGACUAUAUUAAGAAAGCAUUUGAAAAAAAUACUUCAAAUUUUUGUCAAUGUGUUUCAGAUAUUUCAGAUAUUAGAGAAAAUUCUGUUGAAGAUUUUAUGUCUGGUGAGUCUCAAGACCUUUAUACCUUAAUUGAUCCAAAAGCUGACAAUAUAUGUUCAUAUGCUGUUUACCGUAAGAGGAAAUUGCAUCUUAAAAAUCAUUUUAUGAGAUUUAAAAGUUCUGAGAAAGUAAAAACUUUAAAAUCAGGCAAGACUGUAAAAUUACCUGAACUAAUCCAAAGCAAGCAAAUAACUAGACCACGAUGUACUAAUGCACAAAUGACAAAAAAUGUUAUAUGUAAUAUUCCAAAAGAAUUCAUGCCAUUUUUGAACAGAUCUGAAAAAUGGAUGGUCUUGGCAUCAUCUGGAAAGCACAAACCAGAGGCUAUAAUUUCAUCAAAAGCUGUUAAGAAAUGUAUUUCCAAGAUACCAUCAUGUGAUUUUGUGAAAAAAAAAAUAGCAGCUCCAGCUCUGUAUAGGAGAUCUGCCUUGGCUUUAAUGUGUAGAAAUGUUUCUGCAGCAGCUUCCUAUCAGCAAGCUGCAAAUGCUCUGCUUUAUAAGGAGCUAGAUGUAGCAAACUAUUAUAAAACACAUGCUGAUAAAUUACUUUAUGAAACCACUAUGGAUGUAGUAGGAAAGGGAAGUUGUGUUUCUUCUAAUAAAAUAUGUCCAAAUAUGUAUAAUAAAAUUGCUACUCCAGCCUUGAAAAAAUUAUUGCCUGUUGUUGCAAAUUAUGUUGCUUUAAAACAGGGCAAGCGUUUUUCAAGUUCAUCAGCUGCAUCUGCUUCACCAAAACCUGUUUCUCGUGAUCAUUCAAAUGAAGCAUUUUCAGUACCUGUUUCUUCACCUCAUGAAUCAAAAAGGGCUGUCAUAGUUUCUCGUGAAACUGAAGAAAUCUCUAAAAUGAAGGUAGCAUUGCUUGAAGAUUUUUAUCUCAAUCAAGCACUUACAUUAUAUGAAGAAGGAAAGAAAAAUAAAAAAAUGAAGAAAUGCAUUAGCCAGCAAAUAAUUCAGUCUGAAUUAAAUGAUAAUGUGACUGUUUCUGCAAAACAGGCAUCAGAGACCAUGCUUGGUAAUGAAACACCAUAUGAACAGAAUGUACCUUCUUAUGAAAACCAGAAUAUGGAUGAUGAAUGUGUUGUAGGACCAUCUUCAGUAACAGAAAAUAAUGAGUCAAACCAGACUAUUCUUAAUACAAAGUGUCGACCACGCAAGGAAGCAUUGGACGAUUAUGUAUCCUUUGCACUUCUCUCUGCUGAACGAAAGACAUCUGUGAACAGUUUUACUGACACAGUAGGGCUUUUCCAUACUUCCCCAUUUUGUCCACAACAAUUAUCUACUGCAUCAUCAGCCACAAUUUGCCAAGCAAAUAUUUUACCCACAGAAACAAAUGUUUCAAGACAGAAAAAUUUGAAUUUAAUUCAAGAAGUGACUAAUGAUGUAACAGCACUCCAAAAUGUUUCUGAAAAUGCAUCUGGUUCAGCUGUUUUUUGGGAAAAAAAUUCUAGAUAUAAUUUUUCUUCUGGUAAGAAAACAGAUGGUUCUGAGAAGAAAAGAAAGAGAAAAAAGAGUUCACUUUCUGCUGAAGAGAGAGAUUCAUAUCAUUCUGAGAAGAGGAAAAAGAGAAAGAAAGGUUCUGUUUCAUUUGUGCAAGAGAAACGUUCUCAGUCUUUGAAGCAUUUAAGAAAAAAAUCUGCAUCAUCAUCUUCUGCUUGUAUUCCACACUCUUCAAAUUCAUUUAUUCCAUCUUCCCAGUCUCAGGAGCCGAUCAUGGUCACUGUUCCAUUUAGAUUUCUCCCAGAUUGUAAACGAGAAGAGCUAAGCGCUAAGUUACAUAUUGCGAAGAGAAGUUAAAUUUCUUCGGAAUCCAGACAUCCAAGACCGAUUGUAAUAUCCAACUUAUUUUUUUAAUGUAAAUUUAAUUUGAAAUUUAUUGUAUUUUUAUUUAAAGUAUGUGAUAUCUUUGUUUAAUUGUAUUCACUCAGUGCAUAAGUCCAUGCCAUUCUUCACUGUGUUGCUGUUUUUACCAUGCUAUGAUUUUAUUAGUAUAAAAUUUACUACAAUACAUAAGAAUGCUACAUCAUAAAUCAAUAAUCACUCAUUCAUUCAGUGAUGUAAUUGCCAUCUUUGUAAAUAAUUGCCUGUCACUGCUCAAGUAGAAGAACUGCCUCUACUGUAUAACUGUUAUGGUUUCAAGUUAAAGAAAUCUGUUAGCUAGCUGCUAAGAGAAGCUUCAUUAUAAAACUCUUGCCUCUGAAUGCUGUUAGAGACUGGAAAAGAUAGUAAUCAGAAGGAGGGAUAAAUGCAUUGGAAGUAUUCAUUUUUCCCUACUUAACACUUCAUACUGAUUGGCUUUGAAAAUGACCAGAACAAGCUGUUAACAACAUAUAAACUCCUGCUCGCAAUCUCCAAAAGGAAGAGAAGCAUUUGACUAACAAAAAAUGAAGGCUUCACAAUGCAGUGUUGAUAACCCAAUGAAGAAUAAUACUGACUUAUGCAGUGACUAGUAAUUUAAUGUAGUGGCCUCAAACUCGCAGUCCCUGAAGCAGAUAUACAUGGCUCAUAAAUAUAUUUCCUAUAAAUUAAUUAGUAUUAUUAUGACAUUAUUUAUAAAGACAAGAAUUUGAUGACAGGUUUAAAAUUUUAACAAUUUCAAAUCCAGUAUUGCAUUAUUUUUAUACUACCCGACAUUGAAAAUUCAGCACCAAGAAGGAGUGGCCAGAAAGUGAUGAAACUCGGCAAACAGAGAGAGAGACAGUAACAAACAAUAAGUGAUCUUUAUUACAAAAUGAUACACAUAAUACAGAGUGACAACAACACCGGCUCAGUAGGCCGUAGAAACACUUUGGAUGGCGAUACACAAAGUUAACACGUCUAGGUACAGAGUCAAUGAGACUAUGGAUGGUGUCCUGAGGAAUGGCUCUCCAUUUCCUGUCACCCUUUGCACAGUUUGCCACAGUUUUUCUUUUGUUAGUCGCAAUGGCAGGGUCUGCAAAUGGCAUUCAAUCAUAUCCCAAUGUGUUUGAUCGGUGAGAGACCAGGUGAGAAUGGUGACCUGGGAAGCAUGUGUAAACCUUGCAGAGCACAUUGGCUGAUGCAAGCAGUGUGUGGUUGGGCAUUAUCCUUCUGAUAAAGGCAUUGGGCAAAGGGGAGUGUCACCUACAGCAUAUCAUCCACGUUGGAAUCGUACACAAUUGCAUUCCAAAUCAUGUGGUGGCGCAUUCCCAAAUUGCUGCCAGAUUGGACCUGUCUUCACAUCGAUGUCAUACUAGUACACGGCGACUGUCAUUGGAGAAACAGAAGUGUGACUCAUCUGAGAAUUUGACCCUGUGCAAUUCCGUCGUCCACAUUACUCGAGCCUGGCACCAUUGCAGAUGUUUGUGUUUAUGAUGGGUCAGUGGCAGUCUUGUUAAUGGACACUACAAGUCAGGCCACUAGCCACCAAUUGAUAGCAAAUGCUUCUCGACGAUAUGAGAACAUCCAUGGUGUCUUGAAUAUGCUGCAGAAUGGAGAUAGAAGUGGCUUGUCAGCGACUGUGUCGAUCCAUGCGUGCUGAUGUCUUUCUGCCUGCACCGGCACCCCUCGAACUUGCCACAUUUCCUUGUUCCAUCCAUUGUCACCACACCCAGUGCACUGUGGAUGUGUCUAGGUGUGUGUCAGCUGAGAUUUGCCGUAUGGACCAACCUGCCCUUCUCAGUCUGAUGACCAUGCCCCUCGUAAAAUCAUCUGUCUGCUGGAACUGCCUCCGUUGGCGACGACCUUACAUUGUACGUUUGCCCUCUGAGACAAGAACACAUUUUCUUUGAUGAUUUCCUUAAGAUAAAUAAUGACACGAAAAUUUAACAUUCUGCCGGUUCCUUCCCUUAUAUCUUCUUCAAUGUGCACUGGAGAGCUGCACAUUUCACAUCAUUUGCAUAACUCAGUGACGAGCGUCUACCUUGAAAUUUGCAUAAUUUUCGGGUCACUCCUUCUUAGUGUUGCAUUUUUCAAUGUCGGUUAGUGUAUUACCAUUAAAAAUGGACAUCACUAGCACCCCUGGAAAUCUACAAAAGGAGCUAAUUAAUUUACACUGUGAUUUAAAUGUUACUCAAAGAUUUGAUCAAUUUUUAUUUGUAUGUAUCAAAAGAUAAUUAUCGUCAGUUAUGAAUUUUUGCAGUAAGAAUAAUGGCUUUGUUUGGGAAUACAUUUACAUGUCAAAUUAUUGUUUCUGCUAUUGAAAAUUAAUGUCACACACACACACACACACAAAAAAAAAAAAAAAAAAAAAAAAAAAGGCUAGUCAUAAAUUGUUAAUUUUUAGUUUGAGUUAUUUAGUGGUUAAUUCAACACAUUAGAAUUAUUUGAAAUAAAUAUGAGUCUAAAAAUGUAAUAUUUAGCCAUCAAUACAUUUGAAUUACAAUACAUUACCUACAGAAAUUUCUUCCAGAUCCCAAAUCUUAGAUUUUAGACAGAAAUAAAUUGCAUUUUUUUGCUUUGUCUUAUUAUUAUUGUUACUGUUUAUGUAUUUUUUAAUAAAUAUUUAGUGAGCAAAAUUAAAAAUUUAGUUUAAAAAAUCGUUUCAUAAAAAAAAAAGUUAAAAAAAAAAAAAAAAACCCUCAUUUUCACAUGAAAAGAGGAAGAAAAAAAUUCGGGCUCCUCAGCAACUCUUGGAUUUGGUGCACAUGCAAUUUGUGUUUGAGACCAGUGGUUUCAUGCUCUAAAAAAAGUCUGCAGGUAACUGGUGAUUUUGCUCAGAUCUAAAAAAAUGGAAUAAAGUAUUUAAUGAUGAUUUUCAA